AUGAGAAGCAGACAGUUCUCUCACAGCUCAGUUACUUUAGCCCGCCAGGUCAAGAAGGCACCAACUUUGUCUAAAGCAGCUGUUGCUGCUAGGGCACGGCAAAGGGCGCUCAAAGCAGGCAAGAGCAUAUACGACUCGGAGAAAAUGACUCUCUUAGAAGCUAUCAACAUCCUGCGCGCCAUCGAAGUUGGUUCUCCGAACGCCACAUACGAGUUGACCAUUAAGACUGAAAUGCCUCGAGGAUCUACCAUUCCGAAAGGGCGCAUAAACCUUCCCAGAGAGCCGAAGGCCAAGGCCAAGGACCGUAUCCUUGUGUUUGCUGAGGGGAGGGCCGCGGAAGACGCAAAGAGAGCUGGCGCUGAUAUAGUAGGUGGCGCUGAACUUGUUGAUGGGGUUUUGAGUGGUCGUCACCAAGCAUCCUUGAUCCUUUCCACGCCAGCGCUCAUCCGGGUUAUCACUCCCCGCUUGGGCCGUGUGCUUGGUCCUCGUGGCCUCAUGCCAUCCGAACGACGGGGGACCGUCACAGAUGAUCUGGCUGGGUACAUACGGCGACUCCAAGGCACCAGCGAAUGGAAGGGUGACAAAUCUGGGACGAUCCGAGCUCCAAUUGCUAAGAUGAAUUUCCCUGUUGAGGACGUCGUCAGAAACGUCCGCCAUUUCCUCAGCUCAGUCAAGCGCGCGACAGGAAAUCAGCGAGACUCUACAUCCGAGAAGAGUCAGAAGGGUGGCAUGCCUGUAAACGCAAUCAAAAAGAUAGUCCUCAGCUCGAGACAAGGGCCUGGUAUCCAAGUAUCAGACAUGUAA